AUGGCAGGCGACAGGUCCACCGCCGCUUUAAGAGUCGGUAGCCGCCGCCUCAAAGGUCGUCGUCGCAGCUCCCGGAGAAUCAAAGGAGCAGUAGACUUAAUAAGCUCCUUACCUGAUGUGAUCCUCCAAGAUAUCCUCACCUUUGUUCCGACCAAGCUCGCCAUCAGAACUUCCCUCUUGUCAAAAAGAUGGAGGCAUGUAUGGUGCAAUAUAUCUUCUCUUUCAUUUGAUUAUGAUCGACUUGAUCAGGCUUACUCCAUAAGCGAAACCCUUACUCACUACACAGCUCUAAAGAUGAUGAAGUUUCACCUCCAUACUACCAGUUUCAUCGGCAUCUGUAAAUGGAUCAAGUUCGUCAUGUCCCGUAACGUGGAGAAAAUAUCCCUGGAUUUAACUGAGUAUAAUUUUCCUGAUUUCUUCUACAUCAAUACAUCUGUCAAGAAACUCAGCAUUAGGUUAAGCAUUUCUGCUACAAUUCCUCCUAGAUGCUCCGUGUCUUGGACAUCCCUGCAGAAGUUGUACUUGCGUCAUUGUUUUUUCACUGAUGAAUCCAUAGCUAAGAUUCUAUCUGGCUGUCCGAUUCUUGAGAGCUUAAAGUUGGAUUUCUACAGUGAACUCAGGAUUCUUGAUCUCAGCAAAUCGAUGCGUUUGAGAACAUUAGAAAUCAACGAAAGCGCUUCGGGUUUUGGGCCAACGCAGAUUGUGGCGCCAUAUCUCCAUUGUCUCGUAUUGACAAGCACUAAGUCUUCAUUAUUUACUUUAGUUGAUGUCUCGUCUUUAGCCGAAGCUAAACUGACCAUUUGCAUUAGCCCAUUCCAAUAUAACAUUGAAGCUGAUAUUCUUCAAAACAUGGUGCUAAAGCUGCUAAAAGAGUUGCAGAAUGUAGAGAAGCUUACUUUUGAGGAAAUCCUUCUUCAGGUUUUAUCUCUUGCUGAGUUACUUGGUGUUCCUUUGCCGAUGUUCAAAGUCAAAGCUUUGACUCUUAAGACAUCGAUUUCUCGUAAUGUUAUUAUUGGUAUAGAGAGGAUAUUACAAAACUCACCUGAUUUAAAGACGCUAACAAAGGUUAAACUUGACGAAUACGUGGCUUCCCAAGGCUUGAAUCCGGAUCAGUGUUGGAGAUCAAAAGAUGGGGCUAACUGGAACAGAUCACGUUGGAAGGUAAAGCCAAAGCACGUGGUUUCAUUCAUGAGACUUAUGCUUAAAAACACAAAAAAAUUAGAGAAAAUGGUCGUGUUGUUGGAAGAGUACCCUUACAGUACGUUUCGAAGACUCAUACCUAAUUUAGCACACGGAUAUAAUCGAAACUUGAAAGUGUUUUUUUUUCUGAAUAGAUUACAAAUCUACUCAUCAAGGUUCGAUUUCUUUCUAAACCAAUUAGAACCUGAUAAAAUCGGUCUAUUGAAAUUGAAACUACCGAGUUAA